ACCGCCGCGGCCUACUUGCCUCCCUGAAGCCUCGGCCUCCCUUGCCCGGCCGACGAAGGAGCAGAGCGGCCAUGGCUUCGCGCAGCGCCGGGACCCUCCUGACCCAGUACAACGCGGCCUACGUGCCGCCGGGGCUCAUGCCCGGGUAUCGCGGCCAUGUCCCCAACGUGGCCUUUUCCUUUGGGGACACCUAUGGCAACACCACCAUGAAGUACUUCCAAGAUUUCCGAAGUGCCGCCAUGGAAACCUGCGGCGGCCCCUACAGCAAAGGGGGCCAGUUCCCCACCCUCUUCUCUCCUGACCCCGGCCUGGUGAUUGGGGCGAGGGCCAGGGGGUGGGACCGCUGGCUGCACACCCCCAACUACACUCGCUUCAAUUUGGAUAUCAACCGCACGGCGGAACUGAAGGAGUUCUACAAGCUCGCUCAGAUGCAUCGUGAGCAUUACAUGGACAAGACCGGGACGGUGCACCGCGUUCCGUAUUUCGUGAUCCCCGUGAAGGAAAAGGACAAGUACCCUCACCCUCUCGACCUGUCUUGAUCCCUCUUAGCUCUUUUCACAAAGCAAAACGUCCUACGGCCCUCCCGCCCACCCUGAAUGCUUACCUCUGAUCUCCAGGAAGACCCUCCUCCUUCCCCCACAUCUCCUGUCCUGCCCUUGAGACUGCUGCUUAACCCUGGUCUGGAUCUCUCCAACGGAGAAAUGGCGGCUUUCCAUCAGUGGUGGAUGGAGCAACCCGGGGAUUCCCGGAGAUGUUUAGCCUUGGAAACCAUGGAGGGGCAGUCUGUGCGCUUGUGUGAGUGUGUGUAAGAGAGAGAGGCAGAUUAAUUAGGAGAAGAGAAGGCUGAUAAAAAAAAAUAGUGCAUAAAGAUUGGCAUAGGGGCAGGGAGUCAUAGGAGUGCAGCCUGGAACAUAGGAUCUGUCUGGAGAGAGCUGAAAGGAAAUCACACCGUUCAAGUGGGAGUUCACUCUUUAUUAGCAAGAACAUGAUCUGACUUGGCUGAGUGACAGGCUUAACGAGCAUAGCAGCUCAUCCCUGGUAGGUCUUUCCCCAUGGAUCAGUUGCCGAGACUGAAAGUCCCUGUCCUCUCCAGAGUUUCCUCCAAGCAAUCGGAGACUGUGCCUGCGUGAA